GUUCUCAGCUAAAACCCUCGCCUCUUCAUCUUCAUCUUCUUCUCUUCCUCUUAGCUUAGGGCUUUUCACUCUUCACUUCAAUGGCCACUCUCGCUCUCAGAAAUUCCUCUUCCACUUGCAAACGCCUCUUUCCCUUCACCUCUCAAAUCCACUCUUCCUUCUCUCGUUCCCCUCUCUCUGCCCCUGCUUUUCCCAAUGACACCUCUUCUUCUUCCAAUUCCAAUCCCUGGUGGAGAUCCAUGGCCACUUUCACCAGAACAAAACCUCACGUUAAUGUCGGAACUAUUGGACACGUUGAUCACGGGAAGACCACUCUCACUGCGGCAAUAACUAAGGUGCUUGCCGAUGAAGGGAAAGCGAAGGCGGUGGCGUUUGAUGAAAUUGAUAAGGCUCCUGAAGAGAAGAAGAGAGGAAUCACGAUUGCAACGGCACAUGUUGAGUAUGAGACCGCAAAACGACAUUAUGCGCAUGUUGACUGCCCUGGACAUGCGGAUUAUGUUAAGAAUAUGAUUACAGGAGCUGCACAGAUGGAUGGUGGUAUACUUGUUGUGUCUGCACCUGAUGGACCAAUGCCUCAAACCAAGGAGCACAUUCUUCUUGCUCGCCAAGUUGGUGUGCCAUCCCUUGUGUGUUUUUUAAAUAAAGUUGAUGCUGUUGAUGAUCCAGAGUUGUUGGAGCUUGUAGAAAUGGAGCUCCGCGAGCUUCUGAGCUUCUACAAGUUCCCUGGGGAUGAAAUUCCUAUCAUUAGAGGUUCAGCAUUGUCUGCUUUACAGGGUACAAAUGAAGAGAUUGGAAGAAAGGCUAUUCUAAAAUUAAUGGAUGCUGUAGAUGCAUACAUUCCUGACCCUGUUCGCCAACUUGAUAAGCCUUUCCUAAUGCCAAUUGAAGAUGUAUUCUCAAUUCAGGGACGAGGAACAGUAGCCACUGGUCGUGUUGAACAAGGGAUCGUGAAAGUUGGUGAUGAAGUGGAGGUGUUGGGUCUUAUGCAGGGUGGUCCUCUAAAAACAACAGUAACUGGAGUUGAAAUGUUCAAGAAGAUUUUGGAUCAAGGACAAGCUGGUGAUAAUGUUGGUCUUCUUCUCCGAGGUUUGAAACGUGAAGAUAUUCAACGUGGUCAGGUCAUUGCCAAGCCUGGUUCUGUAAAAACAUACAAGAAAUUUGAGGCAGAAAUAUAUGUGCUCACAAAAGAUGAGGGUGGGCGACACACUGCUUUCUUCUCUAACUAUAGACCUCAGUUUUACUUGAGGACAGCUGAUGUCACUGGAAAAGUAGAGUUGCCUGAAAACGUUAAAAUGGUUAUGCCUGGAGACAACGUUACUGCUGUCUUUGAAUUGAUUUCAGCAGUUCCACUUGAAGCUGGACAAAGAUUUGCUUUGAGAGAAGGCGGCAGAACAGUUGGUGCAGGUGUGGUGUCAAAAGUAUUGAGCUAAUACGUGCAAUGUGAUUCAACUUUUAUUCUACACAUUUGCAAAAGGGGUUGGAGGCCCCGGUACCUGACUAUUAUCUUGAAAAUUACAAACUGUGUGCCAAGAAAUUAAUAUUAAGCGGUUGUGUUGGAUGAAAUUGAGUAAAUUUUAGAGAAGUUCAUCUUCAUUGUUCAUUUUUGUAGUGCAUAAUUUAUCAACAUGCUCUUGAUCGCUGCAGACUGUUUAUGCUUUAUGAAAAAUAAUUCGUUAAUCAUCUUUAUGUGUUUAACAG